CAUCCGAGCCUCCGUAGCUCCAGCCUGCUGCUCUGUUUGGGGACAAACAGCCAGCUAAGUUACUCUACCACGAUUUCACCACCGUACCACGAGCUCGUGCGAUGGACGCGGCUCGGAGAUGACCUGCAGCCUCUGGACCGACGCGGACUGUCACACUCAGUAGGUCACGUUCGAGGUUUCCACACAGGGUGACCCAUGCUGUCUGAUGAGCUUGACUCCAAACCAGAGCUGCUGGUGCAGUUUGUGCAGAACGCGUCCAUCCCCUUGGUGCAGGGUCUGGAGGAUUCGGAGUCCAAACACCCGUGCCUGCCCCUCCUGGCUCCAGCUGACGGCUCGCUGUGCAGCCCCCUGGAGCUCACAGACGGAGGCCUGAGCCAUGAGCCGGAGAGCGCUCCCUCCCUGUCGGAGUUCGGAGGAGUGUCGGAGCAAGGCGCCUUGGUGGUGCAGACGCACUCUCACCCGCGGGCGUCGCCCAGCCCCCCGCCCAUCCUCCACGACCUGCAGCAGUCGGACAGCACGUCGUACGUGCUCCUGAACCUCGCCAAAGGCAUCACAGCUUCCUCGGAGUCCCUGAUAUUCGCCGCGGAUGGCGGCGGGGACGAGGAGGACGAGGGCGUGUCGUCCGGGGACUACGGGAUCGACGGCAGCGCGCCCUGGUACCUGCGGGUUCAGGAGCUGGCGCACGACAGCCUGAUCGCCGCCACCCGGGCGCAGCUGGCGAGGGACGCCAGGGCCAGCCAGGACGCCAGAGCCGCCGGCGUCGGCAACGGCGACCAUAGCUUGGUUGUUGCGGACGGGGACAAGCGGGAGCUGCCGUCCCGGACCGGCCGGCCCCUCUCCAAGCAGAUCCUGCGCUGCUCGUUCGAGGGAUGCUGCAGGACGUUCACCUGGCCGGCCCACCUCAAAUAUCACCUCAAGACACACAGGAACGACCGGAUGUUCAGGUGCGGGGCGGAGGGCUGCGGGAAGAGCUUCUACGUGCUGCAGAGGCUGCAGGUUCACAUGAGGACGCACAACGGCGAGAAGCCCUUCAUCUGCAAGGAGAAGAACUGCGGCAAGAAGUUCACCACGGCCGGGAAUCUGAAGAACCACCGGCGCAUACACACAGGAGAGAAGCCGUUUCUGUGCGAGGCAGAUGGCUGUGGGCGAUCCUUCGCAGAGUAUUCCAGCCUCCGAAAACACAUGCUGGUGCAUUCUGGUGAGAAGCCUCAUCUGUGUGGGAUCUGUGGGAAGACGUUCUCACAGUCUGGCAGCAGGAAUGUGCACAUGAGGAAGAGGCACGGAGAGGAGGGCCUCAGUAGUGAAAGCAGAGAAACAGGUGAGGCUCUGACGCAGAGCAGCCUGCUGGAGGCGGACGGCGAGAACGGAGACGGUAUGGUCACCAUGACAACAGCCGUGGAACCCAUGAAUCUCCAUCACGCCAUGUUGAGAUCUCCAGGCUCUGAAGACUCGGUGGUCGUUCUCUCGCAGCCCCAUGAACUGGUGACCAUGACAACGGAGGACCAUGCAUAUGGAGAAGACGUGGUUGCUCUGCUGUAGUCUGCCAACGCCACAAUACGUCUCACACACACACACUGCCUAUCAGCGUCGGACUCACACACACACACACACACACACACGCGCGUUUGUAAAAAGAUGACUUAACUCUUGUAGAUAUUUGUAAUUAGCAACCGAUGAUGGUUUUAUUUUGACAAGUAUGUAACGGCAAAGUUUGUACAAACGUUUUUUCCUCAUGUUUUUUUUUUUUUUUUUUUUUGAAAAGUAGUACUCCCAAAGAAAUACUGAGACGGGUUCUAAGAGUUUAUAAAACUAAUGGAUGCAUUGCCAUCGUAAACAAGACACAGGCUGGAAUGCGUCGGUAGUCCUCUGCAGCAGGCGUCCGAGCGGCUGAUCUGCCCGAUUGAAAUGAACCACAUCGUCCCUGCAUGUAAACACCGGUCUCACGCAGCCAGCCUCAUGGGACUGGUCACACUGUUCAUCAGCCGCCGACGAACGAGGGGGGAAGACGUCUAUUUAAAAACUAAUUAUACAUCCAGCAAUGCAAAGAGCCGCCUGAGCGGCAGCAUCUAUCAUUCAGCCUCCAGUGCUUCACUUGUUCUGAGUAAAGUAACGCGUUGCUCGUUCUCAGCUCGAUGUAAUAACACUUGAGAAUAAUUGCUUUUCAAAAAAGAAAUUAAGGAGUACUCAUGAGGUUAGUUAACAAACAGCAGAUCUGUAAGGGGAGGGGGAAGUAGUGCACAGUACUUUUGUGUUAGCGGGCGUCGCUGAGGACGGCGGCUCCGAGCGCUCCUCAGCGGAUCUUCAGGUGGUGGAAGUGGUCCAACGUAGCACCCAGAGCCCAGCUGGCCUCCACAUUGUUCACUUUCUUUGUCAGCUGGGAGAUUAAAAAGGAAACAGGAACACCAAAACUCUCAAAGGACUUUUUGUAUUUACUUCAAUAAAAAAAGUGACUGAGUUUUAUCGCUUCUUUCGAUUCAAGUUCGUAAGAAUGAAUCCUUGUUGAGGAGGGCCGUAGUCCUGCCUGAUAUUGAUCAUGUUCUUUACACCUUCCUUAAAGUAACGGCCUAAAAAUAUGUUUCUCUGCUCUCAAAUUCUAACAGUCUAAAGCAAGAGAUCACGACACAAUAUAUUCAAAAAUAAAUAUUUGGCUCAUUUUGUAUAUAUACACGAGUAUAUAUAUUUUUUUGAACACUUGAAGAUGUUCUUCAGCUUGAAGUGUUGAAGAAAUGCAGGACCGCGGCCCCCCAGGACCAGGAUCCAGCACCACCGCUUCACAGCUUUUAAGUGGUGUUUAUCUGUGUCAACAUUUUUUUUUUUUUUUUUUUUUUAAAUGAACGCCAGCUGAAAG